CUGGACAAUCAGUCAGCCGAGACGGACGGAAAACUCGCAAAACAAAACUUCCUCUACACAAACACCAUCCGGUCAGGGUAGACGACGUCUGAGCGAAACCGGCGCGCAUAGUUCCGCCUCUUGUUCCUGUAACCAGCCACUUCAUGUCACAUGUUUGAUGCAACAUGGCCGCUAUCGUAGACUGUGGAGCUGAUACAAGUCCUUCAAAAAACAUGUCCCUUAAGAAAGCUCUGUCUGCAGCUUCUCCCCUUACGCUGAGAAUCAUUGCUGAAUGCCCGGUGACAAAAGCAAGAGCUUGUGAUCUAAUACUGCCACACUCCGCCGUCAUGACCCCGGUGUUCAUGCCUGUCGGUACACAGGGCACUCUGAAGGGAAUCACUGUGGAUCAGCUGGAGGGUCUUGGGUGCCAGAUUUGUCUUGGAAACACAUACCACCUGGGCAUGAGACCGGGCCCCGAUUUGAUCGAGAAGGCCAAUGGUUUACAUGGGUUCAUGAACUGGAAGAGAAAUCUUUUAACUGACAGUGGGGGCUUUCAGAUGGUGUCUCUCGUUGAACUCUCAGAGGUCACUGAGGAAGGGGUAAAGUUCAAGUCCCCCUAUGAUGGGAAAGAGAUUCUCCUAAGUCCUGAGAAAUCCAUCAGCAUACAGAACAGCCUGGGGUCAGACAUCAUGAUGCAACUAGAUGAUGUGGUCAGCAGUACAGUGACAGGCCCACGGGUGGAGGAGGCGAUGCACAGAUCCAUUCGCUGGCUGGACCGCUGCAUAGCAGCCAAUAAAAAUGCAGACAAACAGAACCUUUUUGCCAUCAUCCAGGGAGGGUUGAACGCAGAGCUGCGCAAAGCCUGUCUGGAUGAAAUGACUCAACGUGAUGUUCCCGGUUUUGCCAUCGGCGGACUGAGUGGAGGAGAGGAGAAAGAUGACUUCUGGCGGAUGGUCACACUGAGCACUGAUCACCUGCCAAGAGAAAAGCCUCGAUAUCUCAUGGGUGUGGGGUAUGCUGUGGAUUUGGUGGUGUGCGUAGCUCUGGGAUGUGAUAUGUUUGAUUGUGUGUUCCCCACCCGUACUGCAAGAUUUGGCUCUGCCUUGGUGCCUUGGGGUUCUCUCCAGGUAAAACAUAAGCAGUAUGCCAAGGACUUCCAGCCCAUAGACCCAGACUGCCAGUGUCCAACAUGCAAGAGACAUAGUCGGGCUUACCUCCAUGCUCUGUUCAAGAGUGACACUGCCGCCAUGCAUCACAUCACCAUCCAUAACAUUGCCUACCAGCUCACCCUGAUGCGGUCUGUGAGACAGAGCAUUGUGGAAGGUCGAUUCCCUGAGUUUAUACGGACGUUCAUGAAGCGAAUGUUUCCCUCUCCUGACCAGUACCCCAGCUGGGCUGUGGAUGCUCUAGCCUCCGUCAACGUUACACUGGAAUAAAACCUUAAAGGCAACUGUUGUAUUUUAAACAGGCAUAUAAAUGUCAAACAGUAACUGAAGGAUUUUAUAUCUUUUAAAUUGCAUUUUUUAUGGAUGACUGUUUUGUAGUCUUUGUUUGUAUUUGUAUAUGCAUUGCCAGUUUUUUUGGUGAUGAGAAAAUUAGCUUUUGAUCUGAAGGGACAAAACCUGAUUGUCUUUUGUGACAAUCUGCUUUACUCAGCCUCAGCAAAUUGUCCUCAUAGUACACAUUAUGUUAAUGUGAGACUGAAUGGUGUUUAAAUGAGAUUUGAAACACAUGAAGUGUCUCCUCUGAUAUGCUCAGACACUUUUUAGCCGUUACCAUGGCUACAGAGCUAGGCCCACCCACCUGAAAUGAAAUGUUUUGCCUUCCUGUCAUCCUCUUUUUGUGAUUUUUCUGUCUGAGCAUAUUUCAUUUUUACCAAAGGCAAAGUAUUAAUAACUUUAUAUGUAUUCUGAUGUUUUAACCCUCACUCUGACAGACUAAGUUGUCGGCUAACUGUUUAAAACGUAUAAAUUUAUGUGGCUGCCCA